GUCUUCUUCCACAGAACCAUUUUUCCAUUUUGCAAUUCCCCAAAUUUUCUUCGCUUUGAAUCUGUUCAUCUUCUUGCAAUUCCUUGUAAUCUCUCUUAAGGCGCAAAUGGCAGGUUUGAUUGACCAGGCAAAGAACUUCGUCACGGAGAAGGUGGCCAACAUACCGAAGCCAGAGGCCUCCGUCACUAACGUCGAUUUGAAGGGUAUAAGCUUCGGUUCCGUCGAGUAUUUGGCCAAUGUGUCCGUCUCCAAUCCUUACGGUCACUCCAUUCCUAUCUGUGAGAUCUCUUACACUCUCAAAAGCGAGGGCAGAGUGAUUGCGUCGGGAACAGUUCCAGAUCCAGGAUCUCUGAAAGCGAGUGAUUCGACGAUGCUGGAUGUAGGAGUGAAAGUGCCGCAUUCCGUACUGGUAAGCUUAGCGAGGGACAUAGGAAGAGAUUGGGACAUUGAUUACGAAUUGCAGAUCGGACUCACCAUUGACCUUCCGGUGAUCGGAGACUUCACCAUUCCUCUCUCUACAAAAGGCGAGAUCAAGCUCCCUACCUUCUCUGACGUCUUCGCUUAGCUACAUUUCCUUGUUUUCUAUAUAUAUAUAUAUAUAUAUAUAAUCUCAGAUUAAAAGUUAUGAAUCACGCCUAAGUGAUCGAUAAUAAGGUUUCUUGUUAGCAAGAUCAUCUAAAAGUUUGUUGUAAUAAUUUUUAUUUUUUUUAAAAAAAAAAUCAGUACUACACAGCUUGAGUUA